GCCAGCACGAGGCACUUGACAAAGUCGAAGACAGCUAUGUGGCUCCGCGGCAUCGUCUCGAGCUACCUCACGCGCCGCUACUUGACGACGAGCGGCGAUGCGAGCACGGCGCACACAGACGCGAGCAAGCCGGCGACGCACCACGGCGAAACCAAGGACAAGACGGCGCGAUACCGCAUGUGGUACCGCAUUCUGUCUAAUCUCAUGGCAGCGCUCCUCAUUUGCCUCUCUCUGCUCAUGCUCGGCAUCGUCAUUGGCCAAGGCACCUUUCACCGUGAAGUGGUCCAAUACCACGCCCAAGACGAGAGCAUAUACUGGAACGACUUUGGCGCCAACUGUCUCUUGCGCUCCGGCGGGUUUGUGCCCCACUCGUGCGCCGUGGACGAAACCAACAUCACGGGCACGAUCGAAGCGUGGGACGGCUUUGGUGUCGCCCUCGCGGCAGCGCUCGAUGUGCCACCACAAGCAACGUAUUCUGUGUCAACCUGCUGGAUGGGCGCGACGCCAGCGAUCGGCUGGGCGUCCUUCCAGGUCGUCGUCGGCUACGACUACUUUCCCGCAUGCAAUCCCACCAACGGAUCGCAACUGGUUGCGGGCGUCGCGAUGCUCGAGACCGCAGCCCGCCCCGGGUUCCCGCUCGGCGUCUACCUCCUCACGGCGUUCUCGGACGUCCGCAUGAACACAUCGUACUCGUACGUGGGCUCGGACGGCGUGGUGACGCCGAUCGUAGCUGGGCUUUCCCACACAAUCAUCACGCCCAACGGCAGCGUCUACGCGGAUGACAUUGGCAUGAACUCGAUCAUUACGUCCCACCCGCUCGGGCCCCGGUACGCAAUCGUCUCGUACAACAAUGGUCAGAUCCUCAACAUGACUCCGUACCUUGGCACACUCAAGGGCUGGUGCACGGGCCGCGACUCCAAGCUACCGAUCUUAACGGGUUGGUUUGUCGGUCAUACAGUCAUGAACGGCGACGAACUACUCGCACUGCAGCUUCUCUUUUCGGCCCUGAGCAUCUACUUGUUCGCGGGCGACGUCUACAUGACAAUCGAAGGACUCAAAGGCGUCCUGCGCAACAAGCCCGUCUUGACGUACGACGUGCUCUCAGGUCUCGAACGUCGCAAGCUGCUCAUGCUCUGCAUCACGCUCAACUCGAUGCCGUCCAUCUUGUACAUUGACGUGGCGCGCAUCUACUAUGGCACCGACUCGGGACUCAAAAUCUGGGUUAUUGCCACCGUCUCGCUGAGCAUCUUUGCGGCCUUUAUGGGCUUCCUCGCCAUGACGCUGCUCCAAUACCUUCCCGCGGCGCCCAAGCUACGCUACAAGCUUAUCUCGUUCUCAGCGCCGCUCUUUCUCUACGGCAGCAUCGGAUUUGUGGCGGGCAACAUUGAAAGCCAGAUGCAAACACUCAACCUCCAGUUCAAUAGCGGCGCGUUCAACCUCGCGUUCUACGCCCGCGGUACGUUUUGGGCGUCCGGCGCCUACGGCGAAGCGGGUGUACCGACAGCGAUUGGUCAGCUGCUCCCGCGCAUGUGGCCGCCAGUGCUGUGGGCGCUGCUGAUCGCGACCGUGUACUCCAAGCUCAUGCGGUUUCUCGAAGGCCGCCCGCUACUGGUUCACAUUGAGUGGGCGGCGACCAAUGAUUUUCUCAGUGCGUGUGGUCUGCCAAAGUACAUUUCAAGCAUGCCACUGGGGCAGCACCAAGGCAUCAAGAUUGGCAACCGCACGUUCUGCAAGCCGAGUACGCAAGUGCUCUUUGGCUCGUGAGAGUCUACGAUUUGGUCUGGGCUGUCUUUGGCUCUCUCUGCUCCUUU